AGAUAACCUCUCCCUCUCAUACAUCUCUUCUCGACAACACCAAUAGACACGGGACUCAACUAAAAGCUCCUCUGGAUUUUUCAUUUUGAUUAUCUUUUCUUUUCCAUUUUUAGUGACAUCGUUACUCACAGGAGGGUGGUGGGGGAAAAUCAUUUGUUCUUGGUUUUUUCUUCUUUUUUGCUUCUGAAUUUUUUAUUCACAAAAAAAUUAUUUGACUGCGUAGAGGAGAAGAUUAGAGAGAGAGAGAGAUAACGUUUGCAGAACGUGACAACAUUAAAAAAAUAAUUAAAGGUUACAACUUUUAAUUAAAAUUUAAUCCAAUAAAGGAGCUUCCUUUACAUUUCCUCUGUACCAUCCUCAGUUUCUUUUUUUCUCUUUCUUGACAUGUUCGUGAUUGGUCCGAAACUGACUCCAAAAAAAUCAGACAAGACCCCACGAUGUUCGGGAUCCAAAGCAAAAGAGACUUAACAACCGAGCUCCAAUCCCAAAUCCCGAUCCUCCGCCCCAGCAUCCACGCCCGACGAGCCAACAUCGUCGUCAAGUUCCAAGACCUAUACGGCUUCACCGUGGAAGGAAACGUCGACGACGUCAACGUCCUGAACGAAGUCAGAGAGAAAGUGAGGAACCAAGGCCGUGUCUGGUGGGCUUUGGAAGCUAGCAAAGGAGCUAACUGGUAUCUCCAGCCGGAUACUCUGUUGACCGGAGACAGUAUCGUGUCGAAGACGUCUCUGAAGAUCUCGGCUUUGAGUAAUGCGAUUACGCUGAAGAGGCUGAUUAGGAAAGGGAUACCGCCCGUGCUGAGGCCUAAGGUUUGGUUCUCUCUCUCCGGUGCUGCUAAGAAGAAGUCUACUGUUCCGGAGAGUUAUUACGGUGAUUUGACUAAGGCUGUUGAUGGGAUGGUCACGCCUGCCACGCGGCAGAUUGAUCAUGAUCUGCCACGGACUUUCCCAGGCCAUCCUUGGUUGGACACUCCAGAGGGUCAUGCUGCUCUAAGGCGUGUGCUUGUUGGGUAUUCAUUUCGAGACUCUGAUGUUGGUUAUUGCCAGGGACUAAACUAUGUUGCAGCGUUACUGUUACUUGUCAUGAAGACAGAAGAAGACGCGUUCUGGAUGCUAGCAGUCCUUUUGGAAAACGUAUUAGUCCGCGACUGCUACACAACCAACUUGUCUGGUUGCCAUGUUGAGCAGCGGGUUUUCAAAGAUUUGCUCGCCCAAAAAUGUCCUCGAAUAGCUACUCAUCUUGACGAUAUGGGCUUUGAUGUUUCCCUUGUAGCCACAGAGUGGUUUCUCUGCCUCUUUUCUAAAAGCUUGCCUUCUGAGACAACUCUACGAGUUUGGGAUGUACUUUUCUAUGAAGGAGCUAAGGUUCUUUUCCAUGCAGCUUUGGCAAUAUUCAAGAUGAAAGAAAAUGAGCUGCUUAUGGCACACCAGGUUGGUGAUGUAAUCAACAUAAUCCAGACUACCUCACACCAGCUCUUUGACCCUGAUGAGUUACUAACGGUGGCGUUUGAGAAAAUCGGAUCCAUGACUACCAACACAAUAUCUAAGCAGCGGAAGAAGCAGGAACCGGCGGUGAUGGCAGAACUUGACCAGAGACUUAGGAGACUAAACUCUCUUAAAGAAAGUGGUAAGAGUACAUAAAAGUCUUGGGUUGGGAGAAGAUGAGGCAUAAAGUGUACAACAAGGAGGGAGUCGAAUGGUUUAUUUACUUACCCCUCUUGAAGUAUAUAAAUAGGAUGUUUUUUUUUUUCUUUUAACUUUGAGAGCAAAACAAAAGACCAAGAUGAUCCAUUUAUGAGAUGGUAAAUGUCAAACUUUCCUAAAGAUGUGUUCAUUGCCUUUGCUUUGUCAACACUACCUCUUUUGAUAUACUCAAUUGUGAUCUUCAUAUUUUCUCAGUCAUAGAUGCAUUUCAAUU